AUGCCGACUCCAACAGCUGCAUCAAGGGACCUCCAAAGAGAGUUCUCCUUGCUGAGGCAAGAGUUGCAAGCAGAUCUUCAACGGCUCACCGCUCGACUCGACAAGCUUGAGAACCGCUUCGAUGGACGGCUCCAACUGCCUACAGCCAACUUGGCCACUGCCCACAGCUCCGAUGCCUCUCCUCGGUCAGGUGAUUCCCCCAGCGAGAAUGAGAUGAAGAUUGAUGUCCAAAACACGGAUCUGUCAAUGGUACAGCUGUCAAUGGUGGUGAACAAUGGCUUCCCACCAUCCCAGCCGGAGAUUGAAGAACCUCAGGAUGAGCAGGUGGUCGGCUUGGCACCAGCGGGUCCAUGUGACGUGACCUUUGCGAUCAUCCUCUUGCUCCUCAAUUUGGGCAUGCAAGUGGCCUUCUCUGUCAUUAUCCUGGAUGAGAACUUCAUUGGAUCCCCCUUCACCGAUCACAUUGACAAUGCUCGACGAACGCGUACGAGCAUUGCACAUGAUUACACACACAUGGAUUUGGCAAAGACCUCACUAGUGAGCCGGGUUUGCAGUGAGGAUGGUGCCUUGAUUCUGUCAACACCACAGGCGAAUUUGAUCCAACAGAUCAACAGCUUCUUGAGUUUGGGCCUGGAUCAAUUUCAGCCCGGCUUCUUUCAGGUGGGAUCUUUACUCUCCAUGCUUUGCAUCUUGCUGUGGAGCCUCUGUGUCUACAAGGAGUAUCGGAGCAUUUGGCUCACCUCAGAGGCUGUUUGGAGGAUCCCUCGCUCCAAAUGCACCCUCUUCCGGGACAACGAAUUUCAUACGAUUUCCACAGGUCGACUGAAGAUCUUACUCUUCACCUACGUGGCGCGAGCAGCCAUCGCAUCUCUGCUCCUGGGUGCAGGCAUUCGAUGGCUUGCGCAGACCACAUCCAUCUCCGAAUUGAUGUUGAACGCUGUCUCUCUGAACGCCAUCUUGGAUGUAGAUGAGUUCUUGUUUGCCGGCUUUACGCCGAUUUCCAUCCAGCUGGCGGUGCGAACGCUGGAGCCUUUGAAAAUGAAGUACAGCCGUCGUCGGAGUCAACUGGAAACCUGGAGUUUGUUUGUGUUGCUCGUGGGCACCAUCACUCUGCCAUACUUUGUUCUCUUGAAUCCGCUGGGUGAGCAGAUGGUCCAAGUGAAGCAUGAGCUCUGCGCCGGAAACCAGACCUUUGUGGUGGGACGAAGCACGGAGACGCAGAUGACGGUGGGACUGGUGACUCGGCAUCCCCAAGAGGCGUCGGAGCUCACGGUGACGGAGCUGGCAGUGGAGGAGCACAAGUUCAAUGGACCGAAUGAAGUGCCCUACUUGAUCAACUUCAUGGAAACGGACGUGCACUUCUAUGAGGCCCUCGGCCGAGACAUGGCCGCCGAAGUGAAGAACUGGGGGCUUUGCAUCGAGAAGGAGGUCCUAAUGCUUGGUGGUUUUUUCUACCAAGAUCCGCUGAUCACGCCUUAUUCAGAUCUCAUGCUUCGGCAAGCAGCGACCAGCCUUGGAACAGCAGAUGUGUCUCGAGGUUGUGCGGGUUUGAAGCACCUCUGCAACGAUCCCAAUGCACGCUUAUUGCGGAUGGUCUGUGGCCACACCUGCGGAUGUACUGAUCCUUUGGCCUCUGCAUGGCACAAAGUCACCGCGCAGGGAUGUAUCGCUGCAUGUUCACAGAUUGCCUUUGACGCGGCAGCUGCCACUUGCCAAGACAACAUUGAUUCGGAGAAUUGGGAGGUCUUUUGGAACUCUUAUCCAGAUGUCAUGACCGCCUUCUGGGGGAACAACGUGACGGAAUCCGCCGUCUAUCCGGUCAUGCUCUCGGUCGCAGACGCUAUGAAGUCCUCCGGAUGCUCCGCGUUGAUGGAUCCGCAAUGGCAAGCAGAGCCUGGGGUCAACCACAGAUGGUGUGAAGGUUAUCCUCCUCUUUGGCGCCCUUUGGCCUGGCAAUGCCCUGAAUCCUGCGGAUGCAAAGACAUUACGCCCUUGCCGGCGUACUCUGAUUUGAACAACAGCUGGGCUGAACUUCUGCUGGACAGGUGCCCGGCGAAGGUGGUACAGCCUGAGGUCCGUGACCGGCUGCUAGGCGCCGCGAUGAAAGCCUUGCUGCGGGAGGAGGAUGAGGUGGUCUCCACCGCCGCUCGGCUGGUGGCAAAGCUCACGGCCAUGGGCGAGCAGCUGGCGGACGAAGGUGAGGAUCUGCUGGGCAGCAUGUGCCAACGCCUCUUCCGCCUCAUGAAGGAGCAGCCAAGCUUACUGGACCGCAGAGGGGAGCUGAUCGUGCGCAAGAUCUGUGGUGCUCUCGUCAAUCCAGGCGUCGAUGUCCAGCGCUUCUUUGCCACUGCCGCAAAAGCCAUCAACGCAGAGGAGGACAAGGCCUUUGCAAGGCGCUUGGUGCAGGUGCUGAACCGUGGCUUGUUGAGGGGUCCUGAGACAAAGACCUUCCGGGCGCAAUUGCAGCUCGAAGCACGAAGAGGUCGAGAAAGCGAUGAACUCCGGCCAGAGUUGCAGAUGGCCUUGAUGCACGCUUGGAUGGUUUGCCCCGUGAGCUCCUUGGCUCUGAGCUUUUGGAUGAAUGAGUUUGAGUUUGCAGCAGGCUUGGCAACUAGGCUCGCAACGGCAGAACGGACGACCGAGAUUGAGGUCGAGCUCAACGACUUCGUGGAGCUUUUGGAAUCGCCAGUCUUUGGCGACGUUCGCUUGCAAAUGUUGGGCGCGCAGCAUCGUGAAAAGGCCCUGCUGAGGGCGAUGCUGCAGCUGGGAGCGCUCCUGCCAAAGGAGAAAAAGCUGCAAGGCCGACUUCAAGUGCUGGAGAUUGGAGUGCUUUUGGAUCGGGUCACUGCGCAGGGCCCCGCCUCCAAAGCUAAGAGCUGUUCAGAGGAGGCUAAAGCGUUGUUGGAACGCUUCGAUGAGAUCUGUGAGCACAAAGAUCAUCGCUGGAAGGAUUGCAUCCUCUGA